AUGCCGCGACUUGGCGAGCAGGGCUUCUGGAACACCACCGUGCCUACCAGCUCAGACGGUGUCUUAGUUUUCCGUGUUGCUAUGGCGCAGACAAUUGCCCGUCACGGCCCGGGCCCGUUUGGUCCUGCACAGGUCAAUGCGACAAGCAUGAGCUGGCUGUCAGGCUGUCAGGCUAAGGGACCACUGAAGCUGGGGCCGACAUGGAUGGAAGGUCGAGGGGAGCUCGCAAGGGCCCAGGGCCGUAUUGUCCGGCCGGCGUUACUUGACCAGCAAUCGGCAGGCCCAACGGUCACCAGGGUGAACUCCCCCUGCCUGCCGCUGGCGCCUAACAAACGGCGAGAGCAACAUCUGAAGACUAGAGCAAACGACCUACUGGACUACCAGGACCACCAGAUCAAAAUUCCCCAAUCGACAGUCGGCUACGCGCGGAACGGCGACUCUCUCCUCAUCGCUGAGAUCAGCCGCUUCGCAGAGACUUUUGACUUCGAGAUCCGCAAGCGCCUCUGCUCUGUUGCUGCCCUCGAGGUUGCCCUGGACACUGCAGCCGCCAUCCUCUUUUAG